AUGACACCAAAGAGCCGGCCGCUUUCAUCGCUCGAUGAGGCCGACAGAGGUAAAACGUCUGUCUCAUCGAACCUCGUGCACAGAGGAUCGUGUCCUAACCUCAACCUGGAUGCGGCAAGUGAUGACGUGGCACGUCAACUCGCCGUGCUGAAGCGGCGACAGGAGGUGGAGAAACGGCGCAUGGAGCUUGAACUGCAGCUGAAGUUCGUGCAGGAGGAAGAGACUGAAAAGAGAACAGUGAAACGCAGCGAAGAAGAAAAAGAGGAACCAGACCUAACUCCACGACAAGAGGCUGCGCGGCACAUGGUUUCUAAAGAGCUCCCAGUUUUCUCCGGUGAUCCCGCUGAAUGGCCAAUUUUUAUAUCGCACUACGAGUAUACUACCAGGCGAUGUGGAUACUCGAAUUGGGAGAAUAUGCUGCGCCUGCAAAAGUGCCUGAAAGGACCUGCCCUCGAAGCUGUUCGGAGUCGAUUGGUGUUACCGGACGUAGUUCCGCAGGUUAUCGAGAAGCUACGUUCCAAAUAUGGGCGGCCGGUGCACUUAAUUAAAACAUUCAUCGAGAAGGUGCGGAAGAUUCCGGCACCCCAAACUGACAAGCUGGACAGUUUAGUCGAGUAUGGGGAAGCAGUGCAGUGUAUGGUGGACCAUAUGGUUGCGGCUGGUGAACGUGCGCAUAUCACCAACCCGCUCUUGCUGCAAGAGGUGGUCGGCAAGUUACCAACGGAUCAACAGUUACGUUGGUCGCAUCACAUCCGCGGAAUGACCUCGGUAGAUCUGUCCGCAUUCAGCGACUACAUGGAGGAUUUGGCUGAAGACGCUGCGAGGCUGACGACAAUUGACUCUCCUUCAGUGCGCGGGACCAGCAAGGGAAGGCCUACGAAGGGCUACGUCCACGCGCACGUGGAUCCAGAUGGAGCGACAACGUCCAGCGCGGCUGAGAGGCAGUGUGUAUCCUGUAACGUCGCGGGGCAUGUAUUGUCGACAUGCAGUAAUUUUCGAGGACUGUCGGUAAAGGAUCGAUGGAGGCGAGCGCGUGAGCUAUCGGUGUGCUUUAGCUGCCUGGAGAAGCACAAUUGGCGAUCGUGCAAAAAUCGCUCUCGUUGUGGAAUCAACGAUUGUGCAUUCCGACAUCACGCGCUUCUACACGACCCGGAUGCAAUAGAGUCGCCUUCUACUGCAGACCGAGAACGGCGGCACUUCCCGAGAACCAGUGGAAGUCAGACGCACCAGGUAAUAAAUAAUUAUCAUCAGUCGAAUCCGAUGUCGGCGCUUUUUAGAAUCGUUCCAGUAACAGCGUAUGGACCCGGAGUUAUGAUAAAAACCUUCGCGUUCCUGGACGAAGGUUCGUCAAUGACGCUGAUGGACGAAGACCUGGCAAAGCAGUUAGGGGUGAAGGGAGAUAGACGACCUCUAUGUAUCAAGUGGACAGGUGAUACGACUAGGGUCGAGCCGGCGUCGAUGAUGAUCGAUUUACAGAUCGGACCUGUGACGUCGACAAAAAGGUUCACCCUGAAAGCUGUGCGGACUGUCACCAGCCUUAGCCUCCCACAGCAAACUUUCACGAUGGAUGACAAGAGAUGGGACCAUCUUAAGCAGCUGCCAUUACCGGAGUACCGUGAUGCUCGGCCUCAGUUGUUGAUCGGGCUGGACAACCUUCGAUUGGCGGUGCCGCUGAAGACGCGUGAAGGCCUUGCAGGGGAACCGGUUGCCGUAAAGACUCGGCUUGGAUGGUGCGUGUACGGAAAGACGGCUGGAAGCCAAAUCGGAAGGGUGCUGCAUAUGUGCGAGUGUGGAGCAUCGGACGAAAACUCCACCAUCCAGGGGGCCUUACGCAAGUUUUAUGAGUUGGAGCAACUCGGGACUGUCUCCAGUGACGUGCCUGAUCCAGAUGAACGAAGGGCACUGACGAUCCUGGAAACAACGACGGUGCGGAUUGGUAAUCGGUUUGAAAGCGGUCUGUUGUGGAAGACAGACAACGUGGAGCUUCCUUCGAGCUUGGGUAUGGCGCGUCGCAGGCUGGAAUGCCUGGAAAGAAGAAUGGAACGUGACCCUAAGCUGAAAACCGUGGUGCACCAUCACAUAGCCGAUAUGAUGGAAAAGGGUUACAUCCACAAGGCGACGUCUGCUGAGCUUGCAGAGUGUAAUUCGAAGCGAAUUUGGUACCUGCCGUUGGGAGUGGUUACCAAUCCAAAGAAGCCAGGGAAGGUGCGCAUCAUCUGGGACGCCGCUGCUAAGGUACAAGGUACGUCCCUAAAUGACAUGUUGCUGAAGGGGCCGGACGAGUUAAUUUCUUUGCCAGGGGUGCUGUUCCGGUUUCGAAUGUACGGGAUAGCGGUGUGCGCUGAUGCCAAGGAAAUGUUCCUGCAAAUACGCAUGCGCGACGAAGACAAGCAUGCGCAGCGGUUCCUGUGGCGGGAAGAUCCUGCUGACGAUAUCGCAACGUAUUUCGUGGACGUCGUUACCUUUGGGUCAGCCUGCUCCCCAGCCACCGCACAAUACGUGAAAAACCGGAACGCCAGGGAACAUGCCGAAAAAUACCCUCGUGCCGUACGUGGCAUCUUGACCAGCACGUAUGUCGACGACUAUUUGGAUAGUUUCGGAACACUCGAAGCCAGUCGAGUAUCCAGAGAAGUCAGGGGAAUCUUCUCGAACGGCGGGUUCGUACUCCGGAACUGGGUUUCCAACAAUCCGGUUGUUUUGGAACGGCUGGGCGGCGAAAGCUCCAGUCCCGGUAUGAAGAGUUUGACCUCUACGGCGGAUGAUGGAGAACGGGUGCUCGGAUUGCGGUGGAACCCGAGCUCGGACCAAUUGUCCUUUUACACGCAGGCGUGUGUGGGAAUGGCGGAGAUAUUUGAGACGGAGUGUACCCCUACCAAGCGAGAAGUGCUCAAAUGCGUGAUGUCACUCUUUGAUCCGCUUGGACUGUUGGCCAAUUUUACCAUCCAUGGAAGGAUCUUGAUUCAAGACCUUUGGCGAGCUGGUACCGGUUGGGAUGAGGCCAUCAGUCCCGGUCAAAUGCGAGAUUGGCGUAGAUGGGUGGAUGUUUUUCCUCUGAUAGCCCAGCUUAGGAUUCCGAGGUGCUACUUCCCGGAGGCACGAGAGAAAGUGUACGAGAAUGCGGAGCUACACUUGUUUGUGGAUGCCAGCCAGCUAGCGUACGCAUGCGUUCUGUAUUUACGGGUCGUCGAUUCUGAAGGAGAACCGCAUUUGAGACGCUUUGUGGCCAGGAGAGGCGCUCCCGCCGAGGUGUUCAGCGACAACGGGACAAAUUUCGUGGGAGCCAGCCAGCAGCUAAGGAAGGAAAUCGACGAGCGCAACGAUGCCUUAGCUGCGACCUUUACCAACGCGAACACCCGAUGGACAUUCAACCCCCCUGGCGCACCCCAUAUGGGAGGGGUAUGGGAACGUAUGGUGCGAUCGGUGAAGGCUGCUAUGAGUACGAUGACGGAACUACAGCGUACACCCGAUGAUGAGACGCUGCUUACGGUGAUAGUGGAAGCGGAGGGAAUGAUCAACACCCGCCCUCUGACGUACAUCCCGCUGGAAUCGGCGGAUCAGGAGUUUCUUACUCCUAACCACUUCUUGCUGGGCAGUUCAUCGGGAGUGAAGCAGAGACCGGUGGCGCCGACUAACCUUCAGACGGGGUUACGGAGCAACUGGAAAAUGGUGCAACAUAUCCUGGACGGGUUUUGGAGACGGUGGAUAAAAGAGUAUCUUCCGGUGUUGGCACGGCAAAGCAAAUGGUUUGAGACUUGCUUACACAUGUGUUUCCUCUCGAGUUCCCAAAUUCGAGUCACCCCCGAGCAUAGGCGAGCAUAA